AUGAUUUCUAGUGAUAGUGACUCGGAUUCAAAUGAUGACACAAGAAACUCCAUAUCAAAUGCUAAGACAAGAAACUUCAUAUCAGAUGAUGAUUCUGACUCCGUCCACAGCAAUAAUUCGAAACAUGGAAUGAACCUUCUAGAUGAUAGUGACUCGGAUUCAGAUGCUGACGCAAGAGGCUCCGUAGCAGAUGCUGAGACAAGAGGCUCCGUAUCAGAUGAUCAUUAUGACUCAAUUCACAGCAGAAUUAUGAAUUAUAGAAUGAAACUCUUAAAUCAUAGUGACUCGGACUCAGAUGCUGACGCAAGAGGCUCCGUAUCAGAUGCUGAGACAAGAGGCUCCGUAUCAGAUGCCGUCACAAAAGACUCCGUAUCCGAUGAUCAUUAUGACUCAAUUCACAGAAGAAUUGUGAAUUAUAGAAUGAAACUUCUAAAUCAUAGUGACUCAGAUUCAGAUGCUGACGCAAGAGGCUCCGUAUCAGAUGCUGAGACAAGAGGCUCCAUAUCAGAUGCUGUCACAAAAGACUCUGUAUCAAAUGAUGAUUAUGACUCAAUUCACAGAAGAAUUGUGAAUUAUAGAAUGAAACUUCUAGGUGAUAGUGACUCGGUUUCAGAUGUUGACACAAGAGGCUCCGAAUCAGAUGCUGAAACAAGAGACUUCGUAUCAGAUGCCGUCACAAAAGACUCCGUAUCAGAUGAUCAUUAUGACUCAAUUCACAGCAGAAUUGUGAAUUAUAGAAUGAAACUUCUAAAUCAUAGUGACUCGGAUUCAGAUGCUGACGGAAGAGGCUCCGUAUCAGAUGCUGUCACAAAAAACUCCAUAUCAGAUGAUGAUCAUGACUUUAUUCACAGCAGAAAUAAUUAUUAUCGAAUGAAACUUCUGGAUGAUAGUGACUCGGAUUCAGAAGCAGACUCACGAGACUCCAUAUCAGAUGCUGACACGAAAAACUUCGUAUCAGAUGAUGAUUCUGACUCCGUCCACAGCAGUAACUUGAAACAUGGAAUAGAACUUCUACGUGAUAGUGACUCGUAUUCAGAUGCACACACAAGAAACUCCAUAUCAGAUGCUAAGACAAGAUACUCUAUAUCAGAUGCUAAAACAAAAGACUCCGUAUCAGAUGUAGACACAUGGGAGACCAUAUCAGAUGCAAGCCUAAAAGACCUCGUAUCAGAUGAAUUCUUAUUCUUAUCAUUUGAAGUUACAUAG